GUCCUAUAUCAGAAAAUUGCAGACCCUUUUAUAAUAAACUUGCCUGACAGCCACCCUUUCCACUCUCUGCAUUUUCAGUUCUCCAAUGAAUACCGACGUGGUUAUUGUUGGCGGUGGCCCGUCAGGCCUCACUCUAGGGCUUGCUCUGGCAAGACACCAGGUUAAAGUAAGUGGAUACCUUUUAUAUCCGUUUGAAGGAGAUAAACUGAUUCUGCUCAAGUCCAUGAUUCUUGAGAAAGAGCAUGACAUCACACAGGAUCCUCGAGGAGUCGUACUCACAGGUGAUGCUCUUCGAAGCCUAUGGACCCUAGGACUGGGGAAGCACGUCUCUUCGAUAGGGCAGGGUAGGCACUUGGUGUCCUCCUCAAAAUAUUGCACCCUCCAAUCAAGUUGCGAAGUGGUUAGUCGCGACGAGCACGCCGACGGCGUCACCGUUCACUACCUCGACAGCAAAAAAGCACCCCACCAAAUUCACGCCGCCUGGCUGGUCGGAGCAGACGGCAAAAGAGGCAUCGUCCGCAAACAUUUCCUGGAGCCGUCCGCUGGUGUCCGUCAGGAACCCGGGAUCUUCGAGUACGAAGGCACAUGGAUAGCAGCCAAUCUCGAGAUCACCCUCCCCACGCCGCAAAGCCACCCCGACCUUGCGCUCUGGGCGGCUGGACUUGACCCUGAAUCGGUAUACGACCUCUUCUGGCCGGCGAACUGGCACUUCUGCCGGCCACCUGGAAAGCCGGUAGCCUGUGGCCGCUUUGGUCCGCAUUCGGAUCGACUGUGGCGCCAUGAAUUUGCGGUCCCCGAGUGGGACGACUCGAUGGACGCAAAUGCCAUAUUCUGGGAGCAUCUCACCCCGCUCAUCACACGAAACAUCCGGCCGCUGCACGGCGGCUGCCCUGCAGAGGUAACUUUUCCCCGGGAUUGUAUUGAGGUGCUUCGCUGUCGCCCGUUCCGCUUCAGUCACCGCGUCGUUAAUAAAUGGUUUACCGAGCGGACCAUGCUAAUUGGAGACGCGGCACAUGUAUUCCCGCCGUUCGGUGGGCAAGGGGUGGCAUGUGGUGUCCAAGACGCCGUCGGGCUAGCCUGGCGACUCGCCAUUCUUACCAAGAUUGACUCUCUGGCGCACUCACGGACUCUGCGGGAAUCUCUUCUUCAGGCAUGGGCGGACGAACGUCGCAUGGGCACUGAUAAUUCCGCCCGGCUGACCCGACAGAACGGCGAGUUAUGCAACAAAGAAGGUUCAUGGUCCUUAUCGGUACAGCUCGCCUGUCUGAACAUUGCCGAUGGUUUCCUCGGGGCUCUGGGUAUACGUUUCGGGCCGUUCGGAGCAGAUAGCCAAGGGUACCGCGGCUGUGUCGGGGGCGGCUUCAUUACCGAGCACGGCGGAGGGAUCAAGCUGGGCCAGGUCUACGUGCAAACACGUCAUACAGAUGCCCCGGUCCUGAGGGUUGAGCUGUCCGAUCAGGCGCUGCGGCGCGUCCCUACCAUCCUGACUCUUCUUGUCAUCGCCCCUAUCCAGUCCUCUGAAACAAAGCAGGAACUGGUCGCUCUCCCUCAGGUGCUGCGGCAGUCUGGAAUGGACCCUGCAGUGUUAUCGGAGCAGUCAAUUGUGCAGUUCGAUCCUUCCGACUCAUCAGAGCACCUCCCCGGUGGGAGUCAAUGGCCGGUUUGUCGUGUAGCACCUGCGGGCCUGCUCAUUGGGUACCCCGUCCGUCCAGGAUAUAGCUCUGCGCAGUUCAUGCGUCGUCUUGGUGACUCUCGCGCUCGAUAUGUGAUUGUUAGGCCGGAUAACAUCGUUAUUGCCAUGAGCAGAGACCUAUAUGGCCUGAAAAGUAAUCUGGGCGCGCUUGAAAAGUGUCUGUCUUAA